AGGCAAGUGCAACAGCUGCCCGAAACCUUGCGCCUAUCCCGAUCGCAAUGGCUCGCCAGUUCGGAGAUUACGUGCCCCAGGCGGAUUUGGAGGAGAUGUCUGACGAGGGUCUGGGAAUGGAGCGGAACCCGCGCAGCCGCUCUUGGCCUUCCAGGACAGUGGUGGGCCUUGUCCUCCUGGGCACCACCCUGGUGGCAGCGCUCAUGGCAGUGGCACUGCCCCGCCACGAGGAGAUCCGCAAGGGCAACGGCAACGUGAUCGGGCUCAGCGAGGACUCCAUUUGGGCCUCCGUGUUGUCCUCGGAUGCUAUGAAGCAGUACAACCAAGAGAAGGAGCUGUCGUCGAAUGUGGACACUGAGGAGCAGGCGCCGCCCUCCCCGCCGCCGUCUUCGCCGGCGCCGGCGCCUGCCUACCACGCGCCCGCCCCGGCACCCCACUACGCGCCCCCCCCGGCGACGGUGGAGAAGCCCUCGCCCUCUCCGGCGCCGAUCACCAAGCCGGACGUGGUGAAGGAGCAGGCGGCCAAGGCGGCGCAGCAGCUCAUGGCCAACCUGUUCCACCAGCCCAAGGACCAGGCGAAGCCCAGCAGCGUUGACUCGGCCGUGGACAGCGCGACAAGCCAGGUCAAGGACGCCUUGCACCUGUCGCCAGCCCCCGCCGGCGCGCCGGCCCCAGCUCCCUUCCAGCUGCCCAAAAUCGAGCUGCCCAAGAUGCCCAAGAUCGAGCUGCCCAAGAUGCCCAAGAUCGAGCUGCCGCAGAUGCCAACCCCGGGACCGGACGGGGCCUUGAAGAUGCCGGACGUGGCCCCGCUGCUGCAGAGCGCCCAGACCGGCCUUCAGAGCGCUGUGGACAGCGCCCACGCGGGCGUCCAGGGCACGGUGAACGGGCUCACCGCCGGAGUGCAGGGCGCCAUGGACGGCGCCUCCGCAGACGCGGAGAAGCGGUCCAAGGAGAUGAGCGACAUGGCGAGCAACUUCCUCAAGGAGGCGCAGUCUUUGGGCACCAACUCGCAGCAGGGGAAGCAGCUGGAGAGCAUCGCGAACAUGCUGAAGAAGGAUGCCUCUAAGAUCCAGGACCAGGCGAAGCAGGCUGUGAACAGUGUGGUGCCGCCGGUCGCGCCGGUGGCGCCGCUGGCGCCGGCGGUGCCGGCGGUGCCGGCGGCGCCGGCGGCGCCGGUGGCCACGAAGACGGUGACGGAGGACCCCCGGGACUCCCCGCUGGCGCCCAAGGCGGCCAAGGACGGCGACCCCUGCGUGGACGACGAGGAGGAGUACGGCGGCCUCUGCUACAAGACCUGCGCGGCCCUCACCGGCGGCUCCCACCCCUGCCGAAGCUCCGCCUGGAGCUGCUGUGCGGUGCCCGCGGGGCCCGGCUGCGCCGCGAAGGCCUCCUUCGGGAACUGCUGGAUGCACAUCGGCUUCUGCUUCGGCUACGCCGUGGGCGGCGACACUGAGGCGGCCCAGUCUGGGAACAAGUGCCCCACGUCGGAGGGAGGAUGCCUCACCGAUGAGGAGCUCUUCGACAACAUGUGCUACAAGAAGUGCGCCAUGCUGGCGCCCAACUUCCCCUUCCGCGUGGGACCGUCCUCCUGCUGCUCGAAGCACGGCGGCCUCGACUGCUUCUGGCCCUCCAACCUGAUGACCAAGCCGGAGUUCGAUGUGGGCGGCGGCCAGGGCGACCACAACUCAGGCACUCCGGCGGAGGCUCACCAGCCCAUGGCCAAGCUGGCGGAGUGAGGCGCGAAUUCCGAAUUCCGGGGCCUGAGGCGUGUUUCACUGGGAGGUGGCUCGAUGGCAUUCGAUUUUUAC